AUGGCCUCCAGCUUGGCCGAGGACCUGGUGUGCCCCAUCUGCCUGGCCCUCUUCCAGGAGCCCCACAUGCUGGGCUGCGGCCACAACUUCUGCCUGGCUUGCCUGCGCGGUUCCCUCCCCGCCGGGCAGCAGGAAGGGGGCACCUGCCCGGAGUGCCGCAGCCCCUUCCAGCCGCAGGAGCCGAAGCGCAACCGGGCCCUGGGCAACUUGGCCAAGAAGGUGCGCCGCUGGCAAGGGGACGGGGAGCCCCCGGGUUGCAGCCCCGCCGAGCUGGGGCGCUUCUGCGAGGCCCACGACGAGCCGCUGAAGCUCUUCUGCACCCAGGACCAGGCGCCCAUCUGCGUCAUCUGCCGGGACCUACCCCGCCACCGCCGCCACCGCUUCUUGCCCACCCGGGACGCCGUGCAGGCGGCUCAGGGAAAACUGAAAGCUUACCUGAAGCAUCUGGAGAAGCACCUAAAGGAGACGGCAGAGGAUGAAAGUGAUCAGCUGAAGGAAAUUGAGGCACUGAAGAGCUGCACCGAUGACCUCUUGGGUCACAUUUCAAAAGAGUUUGAGGUCCUCCACCAGAUCCUUCGCAAGAAAGAAGAAGAGAUUAAGUUGGUAAUAGAGAAGAUGAAGGGCGAGAACAUGGAGGAAAUGGAGGAUUCCUUAGCCACUUUGAAAGUAGAAGUGUUUUCACGUACAGAGACCGUUGCCAAAACCAAAGCUGCCUUAGAAGAAACAGACCAGGUUGCCUUUCUGAAGGGCCUCAAGGAGCUGAUGGAGCGAGUCAAGGAGGAUCUCCAAGGAGAGGUAAAUUAUGAGGAAACUGAAGAGGAAUCUGAAGAUCAUGAGGAAACUGAGGAGAAAUCUGAUGAUGAAGCAAAAGAGAAGUCUGAUAAAGACGAAAGUGGAGAGGAACUAAUUGAAGAUAGUGAUUGUGAAGAUGAAGACGAUGAGGAUUAUGAACCUGAUGAGACUGAGCGUGAUUUUGAUAGGGUGAUACCUGUGGAGCCAGCUCUUGAGGACUUUGGAGAGUCACUGGACUUUGAGACUUGGAAGGAAAUGUUGGAGGGUAUCAAACCCAGGCAGGUUCGCUGA